AUGGAACUACAAGCACCCCGUGAGGAGCAUCUGAAUGAAAUGAGAUCAGGCUCCACUUUGUAUAAAUGUGCGUAUCCUGGCUGUCCUGCAGGCGCUUUUCAGACGGAGUAUCUAUUAAGCUCUCAUGCCAAUAUUCACUCUCAAGAUCGCCCACAUUUCUGUCCUGUUGCCGGGUGUCCUCGUGGCAUAGGAGGCAAAGGAUUCAAGAGAAAGAAUGAAAUGAUCCGUCAUGGCCCUGUGCACGAUUCCCCGGGAUAUGUGUGUCCGUACUGUACGGAUCAGCAACACAAAUAUUUGCAGAGACAUGUGCGGAUCCAGCAUGUCGAUAAGGGGAAAGACGACCCGUUGUUACGAGAGCUUGAUGAAUAUGUCAAUUGUAAGAAUAUGCAGAGAGCUAUGCGCCUCUUCAAGGUCACAUUACUAAGAAUCUUUGACGAAGUAAGCCUCGCUAUCCUAGCCUAUUAUGAAUCUUAUGAUUCACUAUCCGAAGGUUCAGAACCACAAGCAUGCUUCAAGGAAUUAGAUCCUGCUAUUGCUUUUGCAUUGGAAGGUCUAAAGAAAGAUAUGAAAUAUCAUAUUUUUAUGAAUGAGUCUGAGAUAUACUACACUGCAUUGAUACUAGAUCCCAGAUUUAAGGGGACAUUAAUUUAA